AUGCCAAAGGUCUUUCUAAUAACGGGGACCUCGACCGGCUUCGGCCAUGACCUUGUCCAAGAAGUCCUAGACCGUGGCGACGUCGCCAUCGCGACAGCACGCAAACCAUCUGUUCUCAAAUUCGAAAAGGCCACCGAGGACAACUACCUAGCUCUGAAAAUCGAUGUCACGGACCCUCAAAGUAUCAAAACGGCCUUUUCCAAGGCCGUUGAGCGCUUUGGACGCAUAGACGUGGUCGUGAACAAUGCCGGCUAUGGACUCACGGGAUGCUUCGAAGAAUACACCGACGAGCAGAUCCGAAUGCAAAUGGAAGUCAAUUUUUUCGGACUCGUCAAUGUCACGCGGGAGGCUAUGGCUGUCAUGAGAACUCAAAGUCCAAGCGGCGGCGUCAUACAGCAAGUCACCAGUGUAGGCGGGCAACGUGGAUCUGCGUGCUUUAGCAUGUACGCCGCUAGUAAAUGGGCUGUUGAAGGUUUCACAGAAUCGCUUUCAAAGGAAGUUAAGCCAGAAUGGAGAAUCAAGUUUACUUGUGUUGAGCCCGGUGGUUUCAGAACGAAUUGGGCCGGCGCGUCAAUGGCUUUCACCGACCGUCAUCCAGCAUACGAUCAUCUCGAUGCCAAAGCCGCCAUGAUCGCCCGAAACGGAAGUCAGCCUGGAGAUCCGAAAAAGGCCGCAAAGGCGUUCUACGACUUGGCCAUGAUGGAUAGCCCACCUUUGAGGAUCUUGCUCGGCACGGAUGCCUAUCCGGCUAUUCUUGCACGGUUGCAGGGAGAGAUAGAUAAUUUCAAGAAAUAUGAGAAGAUCAGCUUAAGUACGGAUGUAGAGUAG